CUGAGAAAGAAAAAGUCGGCUUUUUUAUAUGGCUUUGCUGCGGAGAUCGCCAAUGGGAAAAAACAGAAGUUGGUUGCGCCAUUAAUGGAGUCUCUUGAUGCUGGUGGAAGAGGGAGAAAGAGAAAGAAGGAGAUAGAGAGAAGGGAGAGAAUCGGAGGAAUUUGAUGGCCAAUAAAGGGAAUUCGAGCCAGAGGCAGCGGCAAGAGCAGCAUAUAUCCUUUGGCUUGAUCCAGCCCUCCUCUUCGACGCAUGGAAACUCCAUAAGCAAGGAAACUGGAGCCUAUGACUUGGGGGAGCUGGACCAAGACUUGUCCAUGUAUCUUAAUUGGCAGGAUCCCUCAUCAGCUCAAGAACAAAGACAGACUCUGAACAUUUUCCCUUCUCAGCCUAUGCAUGUAGAGCCAUCUAUAAGGGGCGGUAUUAGUUUCGUUUCUCCAACAAGCAGUGGUUCUAAGAAGUCAUCAGAUCAAAUCAUGGAGUUGGGCAACCCAAGAAGCGAUCCCCCAGCUUUGCCUGACCCUGGGAAGGAUACUAAAGCAGUAGUGAAGAAGGAAGGGAACAGAAAGGGCACAUCUAUUUCAGAACAAGGAGAGCCCAGGACACCAGAUCCUAAGACACUGAGAAGGCUUGCUCAGAAUAGGGAGGCGGCCAGGAAAAGCAGGCUAAGGAAGAAGGCUUACGUCCAACAACUCGAGAACAGUAGAAUCAGGCUGACUCAGAUAGAACAAGAGCUCCAGAGGGCAAGAGCUCAGGGUUCGUUCUUCGGUGGUGGAGCACUCCUUGGGGACCAAGGUUUCCCACCCAGCAUCAGCUCACUAAGCCCAGAUGUGGCGAUGUUUGACAUGGAGUUUGCGAGGUGGCUUGAGGAGCACCACCGGCGGAUGUGCGAGCUCCAGGCUGCAGUGCAAGAGCACCUACCGGAGAAUGAGCUCCGGUUGUUUGUGGAGAACUGCCUGGUCCACUAUGACGAGAUGAUGAACCUCAAGAGCAUAGUUAUCAAGUCCGACGUCUUCCACCUCAUCGCCGGCAUGUGGAAGACCCCUGCCGAGCGCUGCUUCAUGUGGAUGGGCGGCUUCCGCCCCUCCGAGCUCAUCAAGAUGCUCUUGAGCCACCUUGAGCCCCUAACAGAGCAACAGAUAUUGGGGGUAUGUGGUCUGCAACAGUCGGCGCAGGAGACGGAGGAAGCGUUGAGCCAAGGGCUUGAAGCCCUUAACCAGUCUCUGUCGGAUAUCGUAACCUCUGAUGCGCUGAGCUGCCCUUCCAAUAUGGCUCACUACAUGGGCCAAAUGGCCAUUGCCAUGAACAAGCUUACCUCCCUUGAGGGUUUUGUUCGACAAGCAGAUAAUCUGAGGCAGCAGACCUUCCACCGGCUUCACCAGAUUUUGACGACCCGUCAAAUGGCCAGAUGCUUGUUGGCCAUCGCAGAGUACUUCCAUCGGCUCCGUGCGCUGAGCUCCCUGUGGCUAUCUCGACCAAGACAGUAGUGAUUCUCUGAACACUAGAAGUUCAACACAGAGAGAAAAAAAUCAAAAAGGAGAGAUCAGGAAUAAGGUUAUAGUGGUGUACGUGCAUGCAGGCCACCUCCAUCUCUUUCCUUGGUAUUGAAUGGGAUUCUAUGGAGGAGUAGAGGGAUACAUUUGACUCUUCCAGAGAUGUACAGAUAUAUAUAUAAUAUAUAGAUACACUGAAUCGAUGAGAUGUGGCCUAGGCUUCACCCAUCUGCUUGCGUUAUUUCUUAGCUUACCUUAUCAUGAGGGUGAUUUGUGGGGAAGUAGAGACUGGGGCAAUCUUUCCUGACUUGGUUGAUGGAGGGAGGAGAAAGAGGAGGGAGGUGAGAAGAUCCUAGGAGAACUUCAGGAAGGAGAAUUAAAGAAAAAGCAAGACUACUAGGUGUGAGCACGGAGAGAAGGGAUGGGUGGGUCCACUUGUAAACACGUCACCGCGUGGCUAUCCUACCCUGCAUGUUUUUGGAUUACUCACUGAAGGUGUCAGAGAGGGGGUUUUGUAUUGAACUUUGGCUCGGCACACUUUAUUUAGCUUGUACUUUAUGCUUCUAGUUAUUUGCUAUGGUCAUCUAUUCCUUGUUUGCUUUUAUUUUUCAUGCAAGAAGGCCGGUGGCCUUUUUAGCUAGACGUGAUUUUCUGGGAGAAAUACUCUUUACUGGCUAAUAUUUACUACUG